GUGUGACAGCGAUGGCUCGGCUCACACCUCUUCUCUUUUUGCUGUGGGUCGGUGGAGGACUUUCUGUUCCAGGUGUUACAGUGAGCACAGUGGUGGAUCUGCAGAAGAGAAUCAUUGGAGGUCAAACAUGUGAACCAACUGAGCGUCUGUACCAUGUGAAGUUGAUAAUGAAUGAUGGUACCCAUAACUUCUUGUGUGGUGGAUCUCUGAUCAGUGACCGGUGGAUACUGACUGCAGCUCACUGCUGGAAGGGGACUAUGACAGCACAUUUAAGUGUGCAUCCAGGUAACAACAGACAAGACGGAGUGGCAAUCACAAGACAUGAGACUGUUACAGACGAACUCAGAGACCAUGACAUCAUGCUGCUGGAGCUACCUAACCCAACUAGGAUUACACCUGUACCACUUCCUGACAUUCCUUCCUGUCAAAAUCAGCCCACUGUGCCUCUCGGUGCUACAGUUCAGAUUGCAGGUUAUGGACCCAAACCUGGCGAAAGACCAUCAGAUACUCUCCAAUGUGCUAACACCGAGGUUGUCAGCUGUACAGAUCAAAAUGAUCAAUUUAGGUUCUGUGGCCAAAGAAAUGGAGUGGCUCUAUGUUCAGGUGACUCUGGUGGAGGAGUGGUGUACAACGGCAGGAUUUAUGGGAUCAUUAGGGGCUUGGAUCGCACCAAUAUCUGUACGGAAAAAUCUGCAUUUGUGAACGUCUGUUCAUACAGGAAGUGGAUCAAGAAAAUCACUGGCCUAUAACCCUAGACUGUUAUUGAAACAAUACUGGGAUGUUCGGGGUGUGGUUAACUGUGAAACGUUCUGUCAUUAAAAUGCAUUUCACAUGUGUUAGUGAAAUAGUUGAGUUAAUUUACAUUUGCAACUGAUACAUUUACAAUUGAUUGGUUACAUUAAAUGUUCAUCUAUCAUUUGUCAAGCCAUUUAAGACAAACACUUGUGAUUCUAUGAUUGUAGUAUCACAGGGUAGUCUGAGUUACAAAUGUUAAUUUACACAAUGUUACUGUAGCUAUCAAACUGUUGUUAUGAUAAAAAAUGAACACAGUGUUUUUCAACCAAGAUAUCCUCUUCCUUUUUUUCCAAUUAAAACAAAUUGGACAUUUGCUCUUAUGUAAAUUCAAACAGAGCAUGUUGGAAAAACUAUUAAAGGGCCAAAUAUACCAGUCUGUUGUUUAAAAACAUACUUUUCACAAGUUUAAUCAUUGUGACUUCUUUGACAGAGUUGUCAGUUAAAAUAAAAUGAAGAUGACUCACUAU